AUGUCGGCCAAGAACAUGCAAGGACUGAUGGACGUGAAGCAAAGGAACGGCAAGCCAUCACCAUCUUCCCGAACAACGACCCAACCCAUACUAAUCCCCCAUACAGUCCUCGACGCACCCCUCCACAAGCACUCAUCGGAAGCCUCCGCCCCAUUCUCCCUCCCUUCCUCCAUCCACGCCGGAAUGUGUACAGACAGGAACCCCAUCGCAGCCAUACUCACAAACUCCUUCCUCGACCUCGCCUCAUCCAACGGCACCGAUCUGCGCAAAGCGGGCGUAGGCCCCGACCAACGCUACUGUCUCGAUGCCUCAACCUGGAAGAAGGCGGCGGAUAAUGGCGGCGAAGUUCCGCGGGUGAAGCUGGAGGCUACGCAUAAGGGCGCGUUGGAUAAGGUUGAGUUGGAGACGCUGAAGAAGUGGGCGGCGGGGCAGGAUAAGGAUAGGGGGGUUGUGUGGCCGAGUGAGGGGAAGGAAAGUUGGGCCAGGGAGAGUGGGGAUAUUGGGGCGAAGGAGCCGCGGUCUUGA